AUGGAGAUUUCUGAUGACGGAGCAUUCAUAAACGUGUUAAAGAAUUAUUUUUCAUCAUUGGACAGUCCCGCCCAUCCUAAUAACAAAAAUCCGAAAUUCCGGGAGAUAACAAAAUUCAAUGAACUCAUGGUAGUAGCCUUCAAAGAAUUUGAAAGCAUUACAACCGAAAGUGUAAUCGAAUUACGAAAGACACAUCAGCUUAAGGUGGUUCAUAACAUUGAGAGUUUCACAAAAAGGAGCCUGAUACGUAACCUUCGCGACACAUCAAAGUUUACCAAGAAUGAUAUUUCUGUAAUAUAUGAUAAAUAUUACAACGCUCAGUUUUACGGUAAACAGCGUAGCGUUAGAAACGACUCUCGAAUGGACUUGAACACCUUCUAUCGAUUUAUUGGAAGUAUCGCAAGUUGGGCUAAAUUAGAUGAUGAAUUUAACAAGCAUAACGGUUCACUGCGGGAUAAUAAUGGACGUAGGCUUGUAGGAUAUGAAUUUCUUGAUAGGUUGUUCAAUCACUUUGACAGGUCUUCAUCCGGUGGGUUAAGCCUGCAAGACGUUGUACUUGGACUCGGCGAAAUUGUCUUUGGGGAUUUAAUGUCCAGAAUGGGUCUUUUUUUCAGGUUACACGAUGGCGACAACGAUGGUUUCUUAAAGAAAGAAGAAAUUUUGCAAAUGUCUGAAAGCUUUUUAUUUAUCUUUCGUUUUCGCCAAGACGACGGGCACCUCGGCUCCGUGUCAAAUUUCAUUAAGAAUUCUUUUGAAUUCAGUGAUGUCUCUAAUGAGGCCAUAGUUAAAGAUAAGAACCUCACCGAGGUGGAUUCAAUAAGUGACUCGGAGGCUCAUCACCGGGUGUCACUUUCGACAUUUCGUAUGAUUGUUCUGGCUAACGAGUACCUAGAAAAGUUUUUCGAUAGUGACUUUGCCACGACAUUCCAAUUUGUUGAACCACCUGAGGAAAGACAAAAGGGACUUGGACGUGAAAUAUUUAACGUGCUAAUGUCUGACGGAAUGAAAUUAGCAAACCGACUCGGAAAACGACUUAACGAACAUCGAAAAUCACAGAUCACUGGUCGAAGAAAAUCGAAAGCCCCCGAAUCACCGUUAUCAGAUAAAACGGAUGGUGACGAUAAAGCUGUCAAGGAGAAUAAAGCGAAUGAAUCUGAUAAAGUUGGUAAAAUUGAAGAUUCCGAAAGUGCAGUAAGUGCUGAUAAUGUGAGCACCAUUAAUAAUGAGACCUCCGAUAAGUCGGGAUCGAAUUCCACCUCAUCCAAACGCCGUAGUGGAAGAUUUUCCCGAAGGCGUUCAAAUGCUUCUGAAAAAUCCGAACAUUAUCAGGGAAGAAGCGAAUCGCCAGAGUCAUUAUUGUCAAUGGAAUCUGCUGAAUCUUCGCUCAAAGCGCUGAGGAGUGCUUCACCGCAUUCGUUUGUUUCAGAAGAUGAAGACGAUCAACUUUUAGAAGAAGUGGACAGACUCCUAGAUGAAUAUAGCAUUGAAGAACCUGCAAACGACUACACGAAGGCAAACGAUGAGUCUGCCGAUUUGAUGGCCGAAGAUGACGUGGACAAAUUACUUCAAGACAUGCAGGCGACCAAUUAA